AGGAAGAGUUUCUUGUACUAACAGCGUAGCAACUGAUCUUAGCCAAAACAAUCGAAUCUUGAGAGGAAUUUGCUAAUUCCAGAACAGGCAUGACCUUGCUCUGAUGUCCUUCCUAGAGAAAAUGUCUAUGGCAGAUUUGAUAGAGAAUCUCAGGGAAGAGCUGACCUGUUUCAUCUGCUUGGAUUACUUCACCAACCCGGUGACCACCGAAUGUGGGCACAGCUUUUGUCUGUUGUGUCUCCUGAGGAGCUGGGAGGAGCACAGCACUCCGUUGUCUUGUCCCGAGUGCUGGAGGACCUUGGAGGUCCCCCACUUCCAGCCCAAUGAGCGUCUGGGGAGGCUGGCUGGCAUCGGCAAGCAACUCAGAUCCCAGGUGCUACAGAGUGAGGACCAGCAAGGGCCCUGCGGGAGAAUUCUGGCAGCCGCUGCGGUGUUCCCUGGUGAUGUGCAGGAUCUAAACACCUUCUCGACCCCGGGUCACGGCAUAAUCGGAGUGUAUGUCUCGAGUGAGGCUGAGGGGCAUCACAAAGGGAAACUCCAGGAAGUCCUAAAUCUUUUGAGUAAAAAGAAAAGGGAAACUCAGGUUGUAUUAACCCACGAGAAGGAGAGAGUGAAAUUGUGUAAGGAAGAGACAAAAAAUUGUAAAGAGGUUGUUGUGUCAGAAUACGCCAAAAUGCACCAGUUCUUGAAGGAGGAGGAGCAGCUGCACUUCCAGUUACUGGACAAGGAGGAAAGACAGAACCUGAAGAAGCUCAGGGACAACGAGAUCAAGCUGACCCAGCAAAUAAGGGGCCUCGGCAAGAUGAUGGGUCAGAUACAGUCCAUGUGUGAGAGCUCGAUCGGAGCAUCCUUUGAGGAGGUGAAAGAAGCGCUGGAAAGGAGUGAGCCGCUCCUGCUUCAGUGUCCAGAGACCGCCACCACGGAGCUGAGCCUGUGCCACGUCACCGGAAUGCGGGAGAUGCUAAAGAAAUUCAGCACGGACGUAACUCUGGACCCGGCCACAGCCAACGCCUACCUCGUCUUGUCCGAGGACCUGAAAAGUGUCCGAUACGGAGGGGUCCGACAGGAGCUGCCCGACAACCCGGAGAGAUUCGACCAGUCUGUCACCGUGCUGGGAGCUCAGAGCUUCACCUGUGGGAGACACUACUGGGAGGUGGAAGUAGGGAGCAAGACGGAGUGGGAGGUGGGCAUCUGUAAGGACUCCGUGAGCAGGAAGGGAAACCUGCCAAAGCCCCCGGGGGACCUCUUCUCACUGAUAGGCUUAAAAAUUGGAGAUGAUUAUAGCCUUUGGGUCUCAUCACCGUUAAAGGGGCAACACGUCAGAGAGCCCGUGAGUAAGGUGGGCGUGUUCUUAGACUACGAGUCCGGACACAUAGCGUUCUACAACGUGACAGAUGAGUCUCUCAUCUACAGCUUCCCUCCAGGCUCUUUCCAAGGGCCUCUUAAACCGAUAUUUUCCCCUUGCCUCCCGAAUGAAGGCACAAACACAGGCCCCCUUACCAUCUGCUCAUUGGAUGGCUGUGUCCGAAGGAGAUGCCCCUUAGCCCUCACUAAGGAUGAGGUCUAAGACCAACAGAUGACUAGUAAUUAAGGUGAUCUAAAAGUAAAGUCCCCCCAAAGAGUUUCUACUUGCUUGAAUAGCCCUCACUGAACAGCCAAAUUGGACAAUCAACUUCUAAUACCAAAUAGGAGAAAGCUGAUUAUAUCUUGUAUCUUUAAGAAAAUUUAUCAUUUAGACCAUCCAUGUAUGUGCUGAUCGCUAAAAAUGUAGAGUUAGAACUAGGCCCUGUUACUCCAAAUCCCACUGUUGUAGGCCAGUUUUAUAAAUAUAUGUCAUUUUUU